AUGGCCGCUCUAAGCGUCGACAGGUGGAUCGCUGUAGUUUUCCCGUUGAGUUACCAUUCUAGAAUGCGACACAGAGAUGCAGCACUCGUGCUCGGAUACACACGGGUCCAUUCUAUGUCCUUUUCGACAGUGGCGGCUUGUCUCUCGUGGGUGGGAUACCAUCAACUUUACGCGUCGUGCACUCUCUCCGACGUGAGGGAGAACAGUCAGACCCAGUUUGUUAUCUUUACCGUGUUUUUUUCACGCACUCACCUUUCUCCUGUCAUUUCUAGUGCUGUGUGUCACAUACCUCAAAGUGCUGAAGGUGGCAAGGUUCCACUGUAAACGGAUAGACGUUAUCACAAUGCAAACUUUAGUGCUGCUGGUGGACAUUCACCCAAGGUAAGAGAAGAGGUGUUUGAGUUGCAUCUUCCUCUGUGCACCUUGCUCCAACUCACUGUUGUUUUUUUUAUUUCAUGUUGAAACCAGCAGAAUGCAUCAAGGGACAUUUCUUUAUUCUAUUUCAUUGUGUUAUAUUGCGUGCUAAUCGAUUACUCCUUCCAGGAACAUGACUAUCCUCAUUCCUGAGUUCCUGCAGUGCACCACAUGGUUACAUUGGUCUUGUCGUGCACUCUAAGGAUUAUUUCAGGUAUCAAAUUAGACGGAAUAAUGGCCCAACACUUUCAAAAUGGAUCAAUUGUGUAUCAUAUACUUUGAUGUGAUGAGAUACAAAGAGAACCAUAAAGAGACGGAUACAACACUAUCUGGUAUACAUGCAGUAACCCCAGACAGUUAAUGGUUAUAUCUGGUAUACAUGCAGUAACCCCAGAUAGUUAAUGGUUAUAUCUGGUAUACAUGCAGUAACCCCAGAUAGUUAAUGGUUAUAUCUGGUAUACAUGCAGUAACCCCAGAUAGUUAAUGGUUAUAUCUGCUAUACAUGCAGUAACCCCAGAUAGUUAAUGGUUAUAUCUGGUAUACAUGCAGUAACCCCAGAUAGUUAAUGGUUAUAUCUGCUAUACAUGCAGUAACCCCAGAUAGUUAAUGGUUAUAUCUGCUAUACAUGCAGUAACCCCAGAUAGUUAAUGGUUAUAUCUGCUAUACAUGCAGUAACCCCAGAUAGUUAAUGGUUAUAUCUGGUAUACAUGCAGUAACCCCAGAUAGUUAAUGGUUAUAUCUGCUAUACAUGCAGUAACCCCAGAUAGUUAAUGGUUAAUCUGGUAUACAUGCAGUAACCCCAGAUAGUUAAUGGUAUAUCUGUAUACAUGCAGUAACCCCGAUAGUUAAUGGUUAUAUCUGGUAUACAUGCAGUAACCCCAGAUAGUUAAUGGUUAUAUCUGGUAUACAUGCAGUAACCCCAGAUAGUUAAUGGUUAUAUCUGGUAUACAUGCAGUAACCCCAGAUAGUUAAUGGUUAUAUCUGGUAUACAUGCAGUAACCCCAGAUAGUUAAUGGUUAUAUCUGCUAUACAUGCAGUAACCCCAGAUAGUUAAUGGUUAUAUCUGGUAUACAUGCAGUGACCCCAGAUAGUUAAUGGUUAUAUCUGCUAUACAUGCAGUAACCCCAGAUAGUUAAUGGUUAUAUCUGCUAUACAUGCAGUAACCCCAGAUAGUUAAUGGUUAUAUCUGCUAUACAUGCAGUAACCCCAGAUAGUUAAUGGUUAUAUCUGCUAUACAUGCAGUAACCCCAGAUAGUUAACCCGUUGGUUUUGAUGAGAUCAUCAUGGGCCCGGGUCACAGGAAAAUACGACGCUCCUGUGUUUCAGCUCUGGUCUGGGUGCAUCCCAAAUGGUACCUUAUUCCCUUAAUAGUGCACUACUAUUGACCAGAGCCCUAUGAGCCCUAUCAGCCCUGGUCAAAAGUAGUGCACUAAAUAGGGAAUAUGGUGCCCUUUGGGACGCAUCCUGUUUCCUGGUUAGAAUAGGGCAGAAUCAGUGUUUUACUGAGUGGCAGUGGCAUCCCAUUACGUUGUCAUUUACUAUAGCCUAAGAGAUAGACUCUUUGUCUGUUUUCCUGGGAAAAAAAACGGUCUAAUAUGGUUAAAAUACUAUUAUCAUUAUCAAUCAUCAUCAUCAUCAUCACACACACACCAGACCCCACACUUUCGUCACAUAUGCAUGCAAUAACACGUGUUUUUAACCUCUACUGGAUCGGUGUCCCGUAUACGGGACGGUUGAGCUAACGUGGGCUAAUGUGAUUAGCAUGACUGUUGUAAGUAACAGCAAACUUUCCAAGACAUAGACAUGUCUUAUAUGGACAGAAAGCUUAAAUUCUUGUUAAUCUAACUGCACUGUCCAAUUUACAGUAGCUAUUACAGUGAAAAAAAUACCAUGCUAUUGUUUGAGGAGAGUGCACAACAACAAAAAACGUAUCACGGCAACUGGUUUGAUACAUUCUCCUCUGAAGGUAAAUAAUGUUCUUACGUUCAGUAAUCUUGAUCUGGUUUGUCAUCCUAAGGGUCCCAGAGAUAACAUGUAGCAUAGUGUUGUUUGAUAAAAUCCAUUUUUGUGUUCAAAUGUAGGAACUGGGUUCUACAGUUUGAACCCCUGCUGUCUCUGGCUCCACACCCACCCGCCCGGCCAUCUAGAUGUGUGAAAGUUAGUGUAUAAGCUACUGAUCCAUCAUGUAUGACAUUCCUGGGAGUGUGUAAACUUACAUUUUGUAUUACCAUAUCAUUGUUCUCUAUAGUUAUGUACUUGAAAAUGUAUCAAUUGACCAAUUCGGCACAUUUGGGCAGACUUGAUACAAAAUAGUCCAGUAUUCCAAUGCUUCACUGGAUCAAUCUGAAAUUUUGCACAUACAGUGCUGCCAUCUAGUGGCCAAAAUCUAUAUUGCGCCUAAACUGCAAUAUUAUAUUGUGGCCUUUCUCUUGCAUUUCAAAGAUGAUGGAACAAAAAAACAAAACAAAAAAAAACGCAUGUUUCCUUUCAAAUGGUAUCAAGAAUAUGCAUAUCCUUGCUUCAGGUCCUGAGCUACAGGCAGUUAAUAAUAAUAUAAUAAUAUGCCAUUUAGCAGACGCUUUUAUCCAAAGCGACUUACAGUCAUGCGUGCAUACAUUUUUGUGUAUGGGUGGUCCCGGGGAUCGAACCCACUACCUUGGCGUUACAAGCGCCGUGCUCUACCAGCUGAGCUACAGAGGACCACGAUUUGGGUACGUCAUUUUAGGAAAACAUUGAAAAAAAGGGAUUAAUGUAAAAAUGUGAUUUUGAUAUUGCUGUCUAUGACUGCCAUGUAUGUACAGUACCUUCGGAAAGUAUUCAGACCCCUUGACUUUUUCCACAUUUUGUUACGUUACAGCCUCAUUCUAACAUUUUAUAUAAAUCGUUUGUUUCCCUUCCUCAAUCUACACACAAUACCCCAUAAUGACAAAACAAAAACAGGUUGUAAGACAUUUUUGCUAAUAAAAACACUCAUGAAAUAUUAAAUUUACAUAAGUAUUCAGACCCUUUACUCAGUACUUUGUUGAAGCACCUUUGGCAGCGAUUACAACCUUGAGUCUUCUUGGGUAUGACGCUACAAGCUUGGCACACCUGUAUUUGGGGAUUUUCUCCCAUUCUUCUCUGCAGAUCCUCUCAAGCUCUGUCAGGUUAGAUGGGGAGCUUCGCUGCACAGCUAAUUUUCAGGUCUCUCCAGAGAUGUUCAAGUCCGAGCUCUGGCUGGGCCACUCAAGGACAUUCAGAGACUUGUCCCGAAGCUAGUCCUGUGUUGUCUUGGCUGUGUGCUUAGAGUCGUUGAACCUUCACCCCAGUCUGAGGUCCUGAGCGCUCUGGAGCAGGUUUUCAUCAAGUAUCUCUCUGUACUUUGCUCUGUUCAUCUUUGCCUCGAUCCUGACUGGUCUCCCAGUCCCUGCAGCUGAAAAACAUCCCCACAGCAUGAUGCUGCCACCACCAUGCUUCACCGUAGGUUUCCUCCAGAUGUAACGCUUAGCAUUCAGGCCAAAGAGUUCUAUCUUGGUUUCAUCAGACCAGAUAAUCUUGUUUAAGUGCCUUUUGGCAAACUCCAAGCGGGCUGUCUUGUGCCUUUUACUGAGGAGUGGCUUCCGUCUGGCCACUCUACCAUAAAGGCCUGAUUGGUGGAGUGCUGCAGAGAUGAUUGUCCUUAUGGAAGCAUCUCCCAUCUCCACAGAGGAACUCUAGUGCUCUGUCAGAGUGACCAUCGGGUUCUUGGUCACCUCCCUGACCAAGGCCCUUUUCCCCAGAUUGCUGAGUUUGGCCGGGCGGCCAGCUCUAGGAAGAGUCUUGGUGGUUCCAAACUUCUUCUAUUUAAGAAUGAUUGAGGCUACUGUGUUCUUGGGGACCUUAAAUGGUGCAGAAUGUUUUUGGUACCCUUCCCAAGAUCUGUGCCUCGAUACAAUCCUGUCUCGGAGCUCUACGGACAAUUCCUUCGACCUCAUGGCUUGGUUUUUGCUCUGACAUGCACUGUCAACUGUGGGACCUUAUAUAGACAGGUGUGUGCCUUUAGGACACCUCAUGGCACGUUAGGACACCUCAAGGCACUUUAGGACACCUCAUGGCACUUUAGGACACCUCAAGGCACUUUAGGACACCUCAAGGCACUUUAGGACACCUCAAGGCACUUUAGGACACCUCAUGGCACUUUAGGACACCGCAUCAGACCUAAUGGCACCGCAUGAGAACUAAUGGCACCGAAUGACACCUAAUGACAACUCAAAUCAAAUCAAAUUUUAUUUUCCACAUGCGCCGAAUACAACAGGUGUAGACCUUACAGUGAAAUGCUUACUUACAUGCCCUUAACCAACAGUGCAUUUUUAAGAUAAAUAAGUGUUAAGUAAAAAAUAGAUGAAUAAAAAAUAAAAAUGGAAAUAGUCUGGGUAGCCAUGAUUAGCUGUUCAGGAGUCUUACGGCUUGGGGGUAGAAGCUGUUAAGAAGCCUUUUGGACCUAGACUUUGCGCUCCGGUACCGCUUGCCGUGCGAUAGAAGAGAGAACAGUCUAUGACUAGGGUGGCUGGAGUCUUUGACAAUUUUUAGGGUCUCUGACACCGCCUGGUAUAGAGGUCCUGGAUGGCAGGAAGCUUGGCCCCAGUGAUAUACUGGGUCGUAUGCACUACCCUCUGUAGUGCCUUGCGGGCGGAUGCCGAGCAGUUGCCAUACCAGGCGGUGAUGCAACCAGUCAGGAUGCUCUCGAUGGUGCAGCUUUAGAACUUUUUGAGGAUCUGAGGACCCAUGCCAAAUAUGUUCAGUCUCCUGAGGGGGAAUAGGCUUUGUCGUGCCCUCUUCACAACUGUCUUGGUGUGUUUGGACCAUGAUAGUUUGUUGGUGAUGUGGACACCUAGGAACUUGAAGCUCUCAACCUGUUCCACUACAGCCCCGUCGAUGAGAAUGGGGGCGUGCUCAGUCCUCUUCUUUUUCCUGUAGUCCACAAUCAUCUCCUUUGUCUUGAUCAUGUUGAGGGAGAGGUUGUUAUCCUGGCAUCACACGGCCAGGUCUCUGACCUCCUCACUAUAGGCUAUCUCAUCGUUGUCGGUGAUCAGGCCUACCACUGUUGUGUCGUCUGCAAACUUAAUGAUGGUGUUGGAGUCAGAGAGUACAGGAGGGGACUGAGCACGCACCCCUGAGGGGCCCCCGUGUUGAGGAUCAGCGUGGCAGAUGUGUUGUUGCCUACCCUCACCACCUGGGGGCGGCCCGUCAGUAAGUCCAGGAUCCAGUUUCAGAGGGAGGUGUUUAGUCCCAGGGUCCUUAGCUUAGUGAUGAGCUUUGAGGGCACUAUGGUGUUGAACGCUGAGCUGUAGUCAAUGAAUAGCAUUCUCACUAAGCACACUUAAUGACAACUAAGCACACCUAAUGUCACUUAAUGGCACCUAAUGAAACCUAAUGACAACUCAGCACACCUAAUGAAACCUAAUGACACCUAAUGUCACUUAAUGGCACCUAAUGAAACCUAAUGUCACUUAAUGGCACCUAAUGAAACCUAAUGACAACUCAGCACACCUAAUGAAACCUAAUGACACCUAAUGUCACUUAAUGGCACCUAAUGAAACCUAAUGACACUUAAUGGCACCUAAUGAAACCUAAUGACAACUCAGCACACCUAAUGUCACUUAAUGGCACCUAAUGAAACCUAAUGACAACUCAGCACACCUAAUGAAACCUCAUGGUAGGUCUUAUAACAGCAUCAUGUUCAUGCUGCCAAUGACUGGAACGAACUGCAACAAUCUCUGAAGCUGGAGACUCUUAUCUCCCUCACUAACUUUUAAGCAUCAGUUGUCAGAGCACCUUACCGAUCACUGCACCUGUACACAGCCCAUCUGAAAUUAGCCCACCCAACUACCUCAUCCCUAUAUUGUUAUUUAUUUUGCUCAUUUGCACCCCAGUAUCUCUAUUUGCACAUAAUCUCUUGCACAUCUAUCAUUCCAGUGUUAAUACUAAUUGUAAUUAUUUUGCACUAUGGCCUAUUUAUUGCCUUACCUCCAUAACUUGCUACAUUUGCACACACUGUAUAUAUAUUUUCUGUUUGUAUUUUUGACUUUAUGUUUUGUUUUACCCCAUAUGUAACUCUGUGUUGUUUUUAUCGCACUGCUUUGCUUAUCUUGGCCAGGUUGCAGUUGUAAAUGAGAAUUUGUUCUCAACUGGCUUACCUGGUUAAAUAAAGGUGAAAAAAAAUAUGGAAAAAUAAAUGUCAUGGUGACACUGUCAAAUAAAGUGUAACCACAUAUUUCCCUGAUCAGUGUUCGAGAGCGCUGUCUGGAGGAGCAGAAGAGGAGGGGACAGAGAGCAACCAGGAAGAUCUGUACCUUCAUCGGCACGUUCAUUGUCUGCUUUGCUCCCUACGUCAUCACCAGGUGAGUAGAAAGGGGGAGGGAGAGAGAGAGAGACAUCUUUACAAGAGUACAGUAGAUGGUUUUUCCCUGACAUCUUUACAAGAGUACAGUAGAAUGUAAGUCCCUGACAUCUUUACAAGAGCACAUUAGAUGAUAUGUCCCUGACAGUUUCUCUUUACAAGAGUACAGUAGAUGGUAUGGCCCUGACAUCUUUACAAGAGUACAGUAGAUGAUAUGUCCCUGACAUCUUUACAAGAGUACUUUAGAUGAUAUGUCCCUGACAUCUUUACAAGAGCACAUUAGAUGAUAUGUCCCUGACAGUUUCUCUUUACAAGAGUACAGUAGAUGGUAUGUCCCUGACAUCUUUACAAGAGUACAUUAGAUUACAUGUGCCUGACAUCUUUACAAGAGUACAGUAGAUGAUAUGACCCUGACAUCUUUACAAGAGUACAUUAGAUGGUAUGUCCCUGACAUCUUUACAAGAGUACAGUAGAUGGUAUGUCCCUGACAUCUUUACAAGAGUACAUUAGAUGAUAUGACCCUGACAUCUUUACAAGAGUACAGUAGAUGGUAUGUCCCUGACAUCUUUACAAGAGUACAGUAGAUGAUAUGUCCCUGACAUCUUUACAAGAGUACAGUAGAUGGUAUGUCCCUGACAUCUUUACAAGAGUACAUUAGAUGAUAUGUCCCUGACAUCUUUACAAGAGUACAGUAGAUGAUAUGUCCCUGACAGUUUCUCUUUACACGAGUACAGUAGAUGGUAUGUCUCUGACAUACAAUUAACUCAUUAGGAUCUGGGGCACCACGAGAGCGGUUCUUUAAAGAGUCACCAUCACCUGAAUUAAACUCUAAAAGGUCUUUACCGAUCACAUCUAUAAACAGUCAACUUAUUAAUCAUAACCUCGUAUCAUAUCAUCAUUCUGAACAGUCGUAACCUCCUUGCAUCUGCAAAAAACCUGAGCCUUACUUAUUACAAAUUGGUUUAAUGAUGUAUUUGCUAGCUAAUUAAAUGGGAACACAGGACAAACAUACACACUCUGCACCGGUUACUGACUGGAGAAAACAGGUCCCUAGUGGAAUGACAACAACACGGCUGCUUGCUACAGAAGAGAGGGAGAGGGAGACACUUAACAUUGCCACAUUCGGAAACUACUCUCCUCUACAGUAACCAUAUACUUUGCACACGAACCGCCGCCCGUUUUGAGUAAGAAAUCAUGAAUGUGUUUACGUGAAAUGUCUUAGUCUCUCAGGGAUCUCUUGGUGAACCGGGCCUGCCCUGGAAAGGGAGUUGGGCCUUCUCGCGGCGCGCUUGUAAGGCUCUGAUUGUCCAAACAGGUUCCAACAAGUCUUCUACUGUUGUUCUCUUCUUUUGUAGUUGUCCGGUCUCCGACGACUUCUGGUGUAUUCCUGAACAGAACUACAGAGUUGAUUUUUCCUUCCGUUUGCUCUUGAAGAUGCUUCUUUGAAGAUAGGCUGGCCAGCCGUAUCGAUGAUUCCCAGUGGGGUGAUGGGCGUAGCGUAACAGGAUGGAUUGAGCAGAGUAAUAGGAUGUGCCUACUUAAAUUCGCUUUCGAAGAUACUUUACCUAGAACAGCUAAUCAGCCGAACCAGUGAGUUUAUUCUCUCCCCCUCGUGUUGAGAUUCAAAGUUCCAACCGUUUUUAAACGUGUAGCUGUCGCUUUCACAUUUUCUGGUCCGAUAUGUUAAUUCGUAACCCAUCCUUUUACACACUCUGCUCAAAAGGGGGCGGUUCCGUCAGGCCGACACGCUCUCUGACCUCACUUUGGGCGGUGACCAGGGACGGCCUGUUCAAUAGGGUGAUAUGGGCGACGCACUGCCAAACGGGAAAAGGAAGGGAUUUUUUUUCUAAUCAAUUAUAUCACGGCAACAGUAGUUAUCAGUGUUCACGUCUGAUCUGCCAGCCACUAAAUGUCAAAUCAGGCUAAAGUCGUGCUUCAAAUGGCCCCGCCCGUUUUUGGGGCGAUUUCAGUCAGGUUGAAAAUCGCCCAGAAGUCUCUCAUAGCCUGUCAUGUAAAAUCUAUUUUUUUCAAAUUUCAAAGCUUUCAAUACAUUCUCUAUGGGUGUCUGUGGGCUUGCACUUACGCGCUUUCGUCAUACGUGACGUAACCAUGAACGUAACUAAGACAAUAGCGGCUAGCAGCGUCUCUGUUGCGACCUGCAGUGUGGCGUUAUUUUAUGUUUUUAAUUUGUAGACUUAGUUUACAAACAUUCUGCCAACCAUGGAUUUCCAGUGGUGGAUUUUGGACUGAUCUUGUUGAUCGUGUACAUACCCGCUACGAACGGACUAAAUAAUGAAAACGCUGCUGGCAGCGGAAUCCAAUACAGCUGGGAGACUUGGCUGGAUGACAGGGUCCCGGACAGAGAAGUGGAGCCGGCCGGCUUCACCCUGGUCAGAGCGGACCGCGAUCCUGGUAAGAGAGCGACUCUGUACCCCUACAUUGAACUGCUUUCUGUGUCAUUGCGACCUUUCUAUCUGCCCCGUGAGUUCCCCCAAUUGUUUGUUACCGUUGUGUACUGUUGAUAAUCACAAGUUUACUGGAGAACUGAGACCAAGUAGAGACUUUGGACAGGGUGGAUAUGGUAUAAUAAAGGCAGUUUAUUCAGAGGUAAAGAUAUCUGGAAUCGCGUGCACGGACUCGUUCGUCAAACUCUUAGGGAGAAGAGAGCCCCGAAAACAUUGUGUGCAGACAUUUUAUACAAUAAAUGAUGUAGGUUGAAUCUAGUAGUUCUGAUCUUCUGAUUGGUCCUGAUGAGUUGGGCGAGGUCCCCUCCACUGUUGCAUUGGCUCUGAGUCGGGUUCUCUGUCUUCAAAUGUUCAGCCUAAAGAGAGAGGAUUUUUGUGUGUGUGUGUGUGUGUGUUUAAAAGUGAUGAUGUGUGUGUGUGUGUGUUAUCAGUGAUGAUGUGUGUGUGUGUGUGUGUGUGUGUGUGUCCUCAGAGCAAGAACUCGUGAGUUGGAAGAACUGAGAGACCUAUGGCGUGGGUGUUGUCCUUGGCCACCUGCUGACAAGGCUGACAAGAUAGGACUCUUUUGUCCAUUGUUAUAGGAUAGGAACAGCAUUGAUUGAAAACAAACGCCCAACACAAAAUGGGUCAUGCACAAGAUUUUAGUCAGACCAAGCUAUAACAUUAUAUAUUUACUACGACAGUACAUUCAACCAAAAGCUAAUAUAACAAAGGCAUCAGAGAUUAUUUAUAAUCUGUCACAGAAACUGGAAUCCAUCUCCCCAGAUCAGUCAAUAAAUGCUUCUGGUAUUGACUUAUAUGCUGCCCCUGUCUUCAUGUUGUUGCUGGACAUAUCUUUUUUAAAAUGUGUGUAGGUCACCUAAAUCAUCAGAAAAAUUGCCCCUCCUGAGAAUUUUUUCAGGAGCCGCCACUGGCGGUGACUACUAACUGUGCUAAAGUUAUGAAAAACAAUUAUCUCAUAUAAGUUCUGUGACACUCUGGCUCUAGGACUUGUAUAUGUGAGCCAGGGUGUAUCUCAUUUGGUGGUGUUGGGGAUGGGUGAGUUUCAUUUUGUUUGUAUUUAGUGGUGAUUGGUUAAUGACUCCCAAUCGGAGGUAACGAGUGUCAGCUGUCGGCUCGUUAUCUCUGAUUGGGAGCCAUAUAUAUUCUGUGUGUUUUCACCUUUGUUUUGUGGGUUAUUGUUUCUGUGUUGCUGUUAGUCUGUAUCAGUAUUUUGAACUUCACGUAUCGUCAUUUGUUGUUUUCUUCGUGGUUGCUUUAUUAAUAAAGUCAUCAUGUUCACUCCACGCGCUGCGUAUUGGUCCGCUCCUUCAGACGAUCGUGACAGAAUAACCCACCAUAAAAGGACCAAGCAGCGUAACAAGCGGCAACAGGACCUACCUACACAGGAGUUAUGGACGCCUCCUAAGGAUUUUAGGACAUGGGAGGAGAUUCGGGCUGGAAAGGGUCCUUGGGCACAACCGGAGGAAUAUCACCGCCCUCGUGAAGAGCUGGAGGCAGCCAAAGCCGAGAGGAGGUGGUACGAGGAGGCAGCGCGAAGGCGAGGCUGGAAGCCCGUGGAAGAGAGGCAACCCCAAUAAAUUUUUUGGGGGGGGCACAUGGCUUGGGCGACGGAGCAGCAGGAGGCUGCCACAGGGAGAAAAGGAGAGAAGGCUAACGGAGUACGGGAGUCAUUGGCGAGUAGAAGGAGGGAAGUUGUUGUGGCACGGCAUGAGAGACUGAAGUGUGUUACCAGUCCGGUCCGGCCCGUUCCUGAUCCCCAGUUAAGGCCAGUGGUGUGUGUUCCCGGUACGGACCGGCCUGUUCCUACUCCACGCACCAGGUCCACGGUGUGCGUCGCCAGCCCGGCCCGGCCUGUUCCUGCUCCACGCACGAAGCCUACGGGGUGCGUCGCCAGCCGGCCAGAGUCUGCCGUCUGCCCAACGGCGCCUGAACUGGCCGUCUGCCCAACGGCGCCUGAACUGGCCGUCUGCCCAACGGCGCCUGAACUGGCCGUCUGCCCAACGGCGCCUGAACUGGCCGUCUGCCCAACGGCGCCUGAACUGGCCGUCUGCCCAACGGCGCUGGAACUGCCCGUCUGCCCUAUGGCGUCUGAACUGCCCGUCUGCCAAGCGCUGCAUAAGCCGCCCGUCUGUACUGAGCCUGCAAAGCCGCCCGUCUGCCAUGAGCCUUCAGAGCCGUCCGCCAGAUCGGAGCCGCUAGAGCCUUCCGCCAGACAGGAGCCGCUAGAGCCUUCCGCCAGACAGAAUCAUACACUUGCUAUGGAAUCAGCAGGAGCCGACGCAGCCCAUACUAGACUGGAAGCUCAGGUUCGGGACCAGAAAGAGCAGCUCCUGCAGAUGGGAGCCGCCCUGCUGGAGGUGAUGACUGCAAUCCGAGGCUGGGGUCCGCCUCCACCGCCAGCCGCCCAGCCAGCACCAUCAGCCAGCCAUGAGCAGCCAGAUCCGUCAGCCAGCCAUGAGCAGCCAGAUCUGUCAACCAGCCAUGAGCAGCCAGACCCGUCAGCCAGCCAUGAGCAGCCAGAUCCGUCAGCCAGCCAUGAGCAGCCAGAUCCGUCAGCCAGCCAUGAGCAGCCAGAUCCGUCAGCCAGCCAUGAGCAGCCAGAUCCGUCAGCCAGCCAUGAGCAGCCAGAUCCGUCAGCCAGCCAUGAGCAGCCAGAUCCGUCAGCCAGCCAUGAGCAGCCAGAUCCGUCAGCCGGCCAUGAGCAGCCAGAUCCGUCAGCCGGCCAUGAGCAGCCAGACCCGUCAGCCGGCCAUGAGCAGCCAGAUCCGUCAGCCAGCCAUGAGCAGCCAGAUCCGUCAGCCAGCCAUGAGCAGCCAGAUCCGUCAGCCAGCCAUGAGCAGCCAGAUCCGUCAGCCAGCCAUGAGCAGCCAGAUCCGUCAGCCAGCCAUGAGCAGCCAGAUCCGUCAGCCAGCCAGGAUCCGCCAGAGCCGUCCAGCCAGGAUCCGCCAGAGUCGUCCAGCCAGGAUCCGCCAGAGCCGUCUAGCCAGGAUCCGCCAGAGCCGUCCAGCCAGGAUCCGCCAGAGCCGUCCAGCCAGGAUCCGCCAGAGCCGUCCAGCCUGGAUCCGCCAGAGCCGUCCAGCCAGGAUCCGCCAGAGCCGUCCAGCCAGGAUCCGCCAGAGCCGUCCAGCCAGGAUCCGCCAGAGCCGUCCAGCCUGGAUCCGCCAGAGCCGUCCCGCCGGGAUCCGCCAGAGCCGUCCCGCCGGGAUCCGCCAGAGCCGUCCAGCCUGGAUCCGCCAGAGCCGUCCCGCCAGGAUCCGCCAGAGCCGUCCCGCCAGGAUCCGCCAGAGCCGUCCCGCCAGGAUCCGCGAGAGCCAGCCAGCCAGGAUCCGCCAUCUAGUCAGGUGCUGCCCCUUAGCCCGGUGCUGCCCCUUAGUCCGGUGCUGCCCCUUAGCCCGGUGCGGCCCCUUAGUCCGGUGCUGCCCCUUAGCCCGGUGCUGCCCCUUGUUCCGGUGCUGCCCCUUAUCCCGGUGCUGCCCCUUAUCCCGGUGCUGCCCCUUAGGCCGAUGCUGCCCCUUAGUCCGGUGUUGCCCCUUAGUCCAGGUGGGGUUAGUUGGAGGGUGGUCAUUGGGAGGAGGCUACCGAAGCAGGUUGUGACUGUGGUGGGGUGGGGAUCACGACCGGGGCCAGAACCGCCACCAUGGACAGACGCCCACCCAGACCCUCCCCUAGUCCUGAUGUUGGUGCGCCCGGAGUUCGCACCUUUAGGGGGGGGUACUGUGACACUCUGGCUCUAGGACUUGUAUAUGUGAGCCAGGGUGUAUCUCAUUUGGUGGUGUUGGGGAUGGGUGAGUUUCAUUUUGUUUGUAUUUAGUGGUGAUUGGUUAAUGACUCCCAAUCGGAGGUAACGAGUGUCAGCUGUCGGCUCGUUAUCUCUGAUUGGGAGCCAUAUAUAUUCUGUGUGUUUUCACCUUUGUUUUGUGGGUUAUUGUUUCUGUGUUGCUGUUAGUCUGUAUCAGUAUUUUGAACUUCACGUAUCGUCAUUUGUUGUUUUCUUCGUGGUUGCUUUAUUAAUAAAGUCAUCAUGUUCACUCCACGCGCUGCGUAUUGGUCCGCUCCUUCAGACGAUCGUGACAAGUUCUCAAAUCACAUCCCUCUCUUAACAAAAACACUAAUCAUUUUUCAUAUUAUAUGCACAACACAUAGGAUGGACACUUCGUAUAUAUAGUGAGUAUACUUUCCAAGUUACAUUAUUUUCUUUAUCCAUUUUUUUAUGACAUCACAAAAUAACAACCAAUAUGACCUUAGUGUCCAACAGAUCACCUCUGGCCAUUCCCCACGUUCUAUGUUAGGAAUAUUAUUCCAAUAUUAGCUUUUGAACGUGUUAAAGUUUCAGCUGAAAAAAGUCUGUUAAACUAAGACAUUCCUUUGGGGAUCUUGAGAGGGAGAGCCUGGGCCUUCUCCCUUGAUUUACGACAGGGCGUGAGCUGUUAACCCCCCUCUACGGGUGAGAGGGGGUCUGAUUGAAGUUAUUCAUUGCAAACCUGAUCUGACCUAUUUGGAUUCUUGUGGACAGUCAUGACAGUCUGCUCAAUCAGAAAUGUCCUUUAAUCAUUAAACAUUUCAAGUAUUUUAAUGAUGACUGAAUCUUUACCUGUCCUGUAAAUACAUUAUCAUGAAUUGAAUAAUAACAAACAACAUAACUAAAAUGUCUGCUUUGUGGUGACCUCUUCUCAAGUUGUGUCAGGACAAUUAGAAUGUUGCACUUUGUUGCAGUUGAUGUCCAUGAAGAGAAUUAGGGCUGACUGUUUUUGACAUCCAUAGAUAGUUAUGCUCUCUCUCUCUCUCUCUCUCUCUCUCUCUCUCUCUCUCUCUCUCUCUCUCUCUCUCUCUCUCUCUCUCUCUCUCUCUCUCUCUCUCUCUCCCCAUCCCUAUUUCUCCACCUGUAUAGGAUCGUGGAGUUAUUUCCCUCUGUGCCUAUCGACCACCACUGGGGAGUGGUCUCCAAGUGCUUGGCCUAUAGCAAGGCGGCUUGCGACCCCUUCGUCUACUCUCUUCUCCCUAACCAGUACAAGAAGACGUGUGGUGACAUCAUCAACAGGCUGCUGAAGCCCAGCUCUCUGAAUGCAUCUGGACCAGGUCACCAUCAUAGCCAUGAGACCAGGGGGAGGAACAACAUCAUCCAGAAUGCAGCAGACUGA